UGUGCUCGAGGAGGAACCGGCAUUUUCGUCACCAGCACUGCCGCCUGCAUUACUAGACGAUAGUCAAUAUUUAAAUACAAAGUUAUUCUUUAAUUACUUUAUUUUUUACACUUUGUUUACAUCAUGCCUGGAUUUUCCGACAGAGAUCGCGGGAGGGACAGAGGCUAUGGCGGUGCACCACGUUUUGGUGGAAGUCGAAGUGGGCCUCCCCAAGGAAAGUUUGGCAAUCCCGGCGAAAGACUGCGGAAGAAACACUGGAACUUGGACGAACUGCCAAAAUUCGAGAAGAAUUUCUACCAAGAACACCCCGAUGUCACCCGUAGACCGGCCCAAGAAGUUGAACAAUACAGGAGAAGUAAAGAAGUCACAGUGAAGGGACGGGACUGUCCAAACCCCAUUUUGAAGUUCCACGAAGCCAGUUUUCCAACAUACGUGAUGGAUGUGAUCACCAAACAAAACUUUUCAGAGCCUACCCCUAUCCAAGCACAAGGAUGGCCAUUGGCUCUGAGUGGGAAAGAUAUGGUUGGGAUUGCACAGACAGGAUCUGGCAAAACCCUUUCAUAUCUUCUGCCUGCAAUUGUGCACAUCAACCACCAGCCUUUCCUGGAACACGGUGAUGGCCCAAUCUGUUUGGUCCUUGCCCCGACCCGUGAGUUGGCCCAACAAGUCCAACAGGUCGCUGCAGAGUAUGGGAGAGCCUCUCGACUGAAGUCCACUUGCAUUUAUGGAGGUGCCCCUAAAGGACCACAGAUCCGUGACCUUGAGAGAGGUGUUGAGAUUUGCAUCGCUACACCUGGAAGGCUGAUUGACUUCCUGGAGGUUGGAAAGACAAAUCUGCGUCGCUGCACUUACCUCGUCUUGGACGAGGCCGACAGAAUGCUGGACAUGGGUUUCGAGCCACAAAUCCGAAAAAUUGUGGAUCAGAUCAGACCGGACAGACAGACGCUCAUGUGGAGUGCCACUUGGCCCAAAGAAGUGCGUCAGCUGGCAGAAGACUUCCUGAAGGACUAUGUGCAGAUCAAUGUGGGUGCCCUGCAGCUGAGCGCCAACCACAACAUCCUGCAGAUUGUGGAUGUUUGCAAUGAUGGAGAGAAGGAUGACAAACUCCUCCGUCUGCUCGAAGAGAUCAUGAGUGAGAAAGAGAACAAGACCAUCAUCUUUGUUGAGACCAAGAGGCGAUGUGAUGACCUCACAAGGAGAAUGAGAAGAGAUGGCUGGCCAGCAAUGGGCAUUCAUGGAGACAAGAGUCAGCAGGAAAGGGACUGGGUUCUGAAUGAAUUCAAAUACGGAAAGGCUCCCAUCCUGAUCGCCACAGACGUCGCUUCCAGAGGUCUAGAUGUGGAAGAUGUGAAAUUUGUCAUCAAUUAUGACUACCCUAACUCCUCUGAGGACUAUAUCCACCGCAUUGGAAGAACCGCCCGCAGUCAAAAAACGGGUACAGCCUACACCUUCUUUACUCCCGGCAACAUGAAACAAGCCAGCGACCUCAUCUCUGUCCUUCGCGAGGCCAAUCAGGCAAUCAACCCCAAGCUCAUCCAGAUGGUGGAAGACAGAGGAGGUCGUUCAAGGGGGGGAAGAGGUGGCUAUAAGGACGACCGACGGGAUAGGUAUUCUGGAGGGAGGAGGGAUUUUGGUAGCUUUAGGGAUCGGGAUAGCGACAGGGGAUUUGGUAGCGGAGCAAAGAAAGUUUUUGGCACAAAGACACAGAACGGAGGCUAUGGGGGAAGCGGCUAUGACGGCAGCAGCAGUAGCUUUGGAAAUGGCUAUGGUAGCAGUGGACAGUCCAACUUCGGCGCUGCAAACCAAGCUGGCACAUUCGGAAAUCAGAAUUUCCAGAACCAGCAGUUUGGAGGGAACCAGGGCGCUGCUCAGAACGGCAUGAGCCACCCACAGUUCCCAUUUAACCCACAGCAGCAGCCGCAGCAACCACCACAACCCAUGGUACCCUACCCCAUGCCUCCACCUUUCCCACAGUAAAAAAAAGAUGCGCACAUAAUACAUGUAGGAGUAAUUUAUUGUUUUGUCCUGUUUAAGUCCAAUAUUCUUAUCCUGCAUUGUACUGUAUUUUUAUUUUUACAAUUGAGUUGAAAAUGCUCAUUUUGAAGUCCUGAAAAACCAAGUGGUGUCUGCAGUGCAGCAGAGUGUGAUGGUGCACUUUUCUUACCAUUUUUGUCACAUUCCUCUUUUUUGUUUUUUACUAGGUAAUGCAAAUCAUUUAAUUUACAGUAUGUUUAAAGUGAUAUGUUCAAAUCUUAACAGAAGGCAAUGCAUGGCCUUUCAAAUAAAAAAAACAAAACAAAA